ACUAUCACGUGAUUUCAGUUCCAGGUCUGAGUCUGAGUGCGGAGUGAGCCGGGCUGUGUUUAUUAGUGUUUAGUAUCAGUGUUUAUCAGUGCAGCGGACAUGCUGGCCCUCAUUAACCGGCUCCUGGACUGGUUCAGGGCUUUAUUCUGGAAGGAGGAGAUGGAGCUGACCCUGGUGGGCCUGCAGUACUCCGGAAAGACCACUUUCGUCAACGUGAUCGCGUCCGGGCAGUUCAGUGAAGACAUGAUCCCCACUGUGGGCUUCAAUAUGAGAAAAGUUACCAAAGGCAACGUCACAAUAAAGAUUUGGGAUAUAGGAGGACAGCCUCGUUUCAGGAGCAUGUGGGAGAGAUACUGCAGAGGAGUCAACGCUAUAGUGUAUAUGGUGGAUGCUGCUGACCGGGAUAAAAUCGAGCCCUCCAGGAACGAACUACACAAUUUGUUAGACAAACCUCAACUUCAAGGCAUUCCUGUUCUCGUUUUGGGCAACAAAAGAGAUCUCCCCGACGCUCUGGACGAGAAACAGCUUAUUGAGAAAAUGAACUUGGCGGCAAUCCAGGAUAGAGAAAUCUGCUGCUACUCUGUGUCGUGUAAAGAGAAGGACAAUAUAGAUAUCACUCUGCAGUGGCUUAUUCAGCACUCUAAAUCACGGAGAAGCUGAAAGGAAAGUUGCUUUGCAUCGCGUCAGACACCCCCCCCCAUCUACUCGUCUACUCAUCCUGCCCUGCAGCCAAGGCCCAGCCUCCAGCCCCUAGACUCCAGCCCCCAGCCCUGAGCCAGACUGACCCCGACACAACAACUGCCCCCAGCUCUCUGCCUCAGCCCCAGUUCCUGCCAGCUACUGCUGCCCCAGCCUUGCCUUGAUCUAGAGUCUGAACCAAAAACUAAACAGUAGUUACCCCUGGUCCUCAGCCUCAUGACCUGUAGCUUCUGGGAGAGGAAACGGUACAGAGAACAGAAACCAAAUCAUUCAUUUAUUUUUUUUUACCAGAGUGCAAUCAGAAACAGAAACUAAAUGAAGCACAAAUUGAUUUUAUUUACUUUUAUAGUAACAUAUCUAACUAGGUAGUAGUGCAAAUAGAACAAAUAGAAGGUUAACCUGAAUCUGAAACAAAUUAAUCAUUUUGUUAACAAGUAAAAUAGUAAAAAUAGUAAAAGUUUUUGAUUGCGUUCUUUUAAAAAUAUUGUUUGUUUAUGUUCGCAGUCUUUCCUUAUAUGUCUACCUCAUACAUACAUACACAAAUAUUUUUUUUUAUUGUUGUCAGGCAAAAAUCUUGACAUACUCCAAAAUUACUUGGAAUAAAAUCAUUUUACAUUAACCUCCAUUGAAAAUGAAAAAGGUUUGUUCCUUAUCCUGUAAAGUUUGCAUUUUGAAGAGUGAGUCACGAUUGUGACAACAUCUUUAAUCUUUAAUUCAAUUAUUCGAAUCAAUUUGCACUUUGUUUAGUGGAGAAAAUGAUUAGGUCAUGUGUUAACCCCUUAAACUCCAGGUUUAAGAUUCAUUAUUGGGUAACUGCUCUUAAAUCAUCCAGUUAUUACUACAAACCUGCUUUGAAAGGUGUGCAUGUAUUCACAAAUGUGAAUGAAUUUCUGCCUACAGGCCUUGGGGUUUAAGAGGUUAAUCUUAAAAGGUUAAACUUAAAAGCUGCAUUAUACUGAGCACUUUUACAGCAGGCAUCACAUUGCAUUCUUCCAGACCACAGUAAUAUUCAGAUUAUUUGAUGAGACAGCAGCCGUGAUUAAGAAAACAUGUGAUGGCAUUGAAUCAGAGCUGAAUCACAGCUAACUGUGGAAUAACCCACAGAACAGUCAUGCAUUCCAGAUCGUUCUACCUAAUGUUAAAGAGCACAGACCAGCAGAGAAGAAGCUCAGCUGGCUGGGCUUAGUUUAACUGCUAGACAGAGUGUGGUUAAAGUAGAACAAAAUAUGGGAAAUCUGCUUUUUUAAAACAGUGUGGUCAAUAUAUGAACAUCACUGUUUUUACAGAAUUUGCAAAAAAUGUAAACUUGUUUUUGGAAAGUUUCUGAAGGAAACAAAUGCUAGCUAAAUUAUGGUCUUUCUUCUUUGUUAAACAAACUUUACAUUUGUCAUAAGACUGUUAAUAUUAUUAUUCACUCUAUAAGGUGCACUUAAAAUCCUUUAAUUUUCCCAAAAAUCAACAGUGCACCUUAUGUCUGCUAAAGUACAGCUUUAUUAAGAAGCUGUAAGUUAUUAAGAAGU